CGGAUUGUUUUCUUUGUGAAGAGCCCUUUCAAUACCAACCCCGAAAGAAUAUGCGGAGCAUUACAAGUCUUCCGGGCGAGCCUCGGCUCACCGACUGGGGAUCGACAAGUACUACCGAUCUGCCAGCUAGGCGGGUCAAUUCCCCAUUCUUUCUUAAAUACUGGGGUUCCAGUCUAGAGAUGACAUAGUGUUUAGAUAUCCCCUUUGAAAAACACUUAAAAUCUAGCAAGCAUCAUGCCCUUUCGCGUUGUUGAGCAUGUUGUCCCCUGUCAACAUAUCCGAGAAUACCCUGGCGCCACUGCCGAUGAACAAGAGGAUGUGCUGAAUCUCGUGGUGAAGCAAUACAUUCCGCUAGAUAACCCGAAUCCUCGUCCAGGAGACGUUACUAUUCUCGCAGCCCAUGCGAAUGGCUUUCCAAAGGAACUUUACGAGCCCCUCUGGGAAGAAAUUCUUGCUCGAUCGAAAGCGAAUGGGUUCCGAAUUCGGAGCAUUUGGAUGGCCGAUGUUGCGCACCAGGGACAGAGCAGUGUGACCAAUGAAGAUCUUCUAGGAAAUGAUCCUAGCUGGUUCGACCAUUCCCGCGACCUCCUCCAUCUUGUCAAUGUGAAGCGCAAAGAGAUGCCGCGCCCCAUCGUCGGGGUUGGGCAUAGUAUGGGCGGCGCACAUCUUGUACAACUCUGUUUGAUGCACCCGCGUCUCAUACAUUCCCUCAUCCUACUUGACCCCGUCAUCCAAAGACAAACGACGCAACUAGAUGCUACAAGCCUUGGCAAGCAGGAAUUAGUCCUUGCCAAAACCACCCAACUCUCCACCUACAGGCGCGAUCGAUGGCCCUCUCGAAAAGCAGCUGCGGAAGCCUUCAAGAAGAACCCAUUUUACCAGACCUGGGAUUCCCGGGUUCUAGAUCGCUGGAUAAAAUAUGGUCUCCGCGAUCUCCCCACCGCGAUCCAUCCAUUGAAUGAAUCUGCCCAAAAGCCGGAAGACGGAGACCGCCCAGUUACAUUGCGAACCACCCUACACCAAGAGGUCUUCACCUUCUCCCGACCAAACUACGAUGGACCGCCAGGAUUCUCUGUCCCCGUAAAUAAAGUCACCCAUCCCGACCUAGACCCCGACCACCUAGGUUCGUGGCCGUUCUACCGGCCCGAGCCAUCACGCGUAUUCGCACAGAUCCCUCACCUCCGUCCUAGCGUCCUCUACAUCUUUGGCGGGAAAUCAGACAUAUGUUCCCCAACCAUGAUUGCUGAUAAACUGGCACACACGGGUACCGGCCUCGGCGGUAGUGGCGGUGUCGCUGCUGGCCGUGUGAAAGGUGUCUUGUUCGCGGAGUUCGGGCAUCUCCUUGCCCAGGAAGCACCAGUUAAAUGCGCUGGAGCAGCCGGUAAAUGGCUAGGGCCAGAAUUGCAACGGUGGCGCGAGGAAGAAACAGCUUUCCGCGAGCAGUGGAGUAAAAAAUCCAAGGUUGAGAAGGCGACCAUCGAUUCCAGGUGGAAGGAACACGUUCCUGUCCCUGUGCGCCCGAAGAAGGAGCCCUCAAAACCAAAGCUCUGAUAGUUGCAGCGACAUAAAUUUUAUUCUCGACUAACAUGUCACAUCAUUUUGAGGAUAAACCGACAUAUGGUGUUUUUGGUGAAAGCGUUCACUCUGGCUGGAUAGAUCUUCUGGCUUGCUGGACCCGUGUUGCUAUAUUACGGAAUUUAUAUACAGAGAUCUAUAUAGUAUUUCAUUCUCAACUUGCAGUUCUAUAAAUGAUAUCAAAGUCUGACCAUCCCAGAUCGGAAUAAGAGUCUAUGAGCAAUUUUCAUUCACCCAAAACAAACCGUACACGCGAAGUAUGCAGGACACGAACAACGCCAAAAAAAAAAUUCUCUGCUUCUCAAAAGCAUCAUUGAAAAAUGAACGCAAGCGUCCCAGUUUAAUUCGAUUUCUUAGCGGAACCAUUCAUUGUAGAUGAGGUGCGAAUAACUUCGGGGA